CGAGGCGAGAGCGCAGCUCCGCAGCCCCGGCUCUCUCCCUGCUCCCUCCCUCCUCCCUCCCGGAGCGGCGGCGGCAGCCGGAGGAGGAGCAUGUCGGACGGUUUUGACCGGGCCCCAGGUGCUGGUCGGGGCCAGGGCCGGGCCCGGGGCCGAGGAGGCGGAGGGGGCGGGCCCGAGGGCGUCGGUUUUCGCGGCGGAGGCGAUAGCAGCGGAACCGCGGAGCCGGGCGAGCGGCCCCGACCGCAGCAGCCCCCGCCCCCCGAGCCGCUGAGGCCGCCCAAGACGUCCCCUCCGCCCGGGGCCCUGCCAGAGCUCCCGGCCGCUCCCGACCGGCCGCCUCCGGGCGGGCCUCCCGCAGAACAUCCGAAGCCUACGAGAGCUCCACCUAGUUCACAGGAUAAAAUCUCCCCCCGUGCUUCAGUAAUGGCUAAACCCCAGGUGGUUGUAGCACCUGUGUUUGUGUCGAAGUUGUCCGUAAAUGCCCCAGAAUUUUACCCAUCAGGUUACACUUCUAAUUAUACAGAUUCUUCCUAUGAAGAUGGAUGUGAUGGUUAUCCCACUCUUACAGAAUAUGUACAGGAGUUUUUGAAUCACCUUACAGAACAGCCAGGAAGUUUUGAAACUGAAAUUGAUCAAUUUGCAGACACUCUUAAAGGCUGGGUCACUACUGAUGAUGCUUUGCAAGACCUCGUGGAACUCAUCUACCAGCAGGCCACAACUGUACCACACUUCUCUUACAUGGGAGCAAGGCUGUGUAAUUAUUUGUCUCAUCAUCUAACCAUUAGUCCACAAAGUGGAAAUUUCCGGCAGUUACUACUUAAAAGAUGUCGAACUGAGUAUGAAAACAAAGAUCAGGCUGCAAAAGGAGAUGAAGCUACCAGAAAACGAUUUCAUUCCUUUGUGCUCUUCUUGGGUGAACUUUACCUUAACCUGGAGAUUAAGGGAACAAAGGGGCAGGUUACAAGAGCAGAUAUUCUUCAGGUUGGUCUUCGGGAAUUACUGAACGCCCUUUUUUCUAAUCCUGUGGACAGCAAUUUAAUCUGUGCAGUAAAACUACUGAAGUUGACAGGGUCAGUUUUGGAAGAUGCAUGGAAGGAAAAAGGAAAGACAGAUAUGGAAGAAGUGAUUCUGAGAAUUGAAAAUGUUGUCCUAGAUGCAAAUUGCAGCAGAGAUGUAAAACAGAUGCUUUUGAAGCUAGUAGAACUCCGAUCAAGUAACUGGGGUAGAGUUCAUGCCACCUCAACAUAUAGAGAAUCAACACCUGAAAAUGAUCCUAAUUAUUUCAUGAAUGAGCCAACAUUUUAUACAUCUGAUGGCAUUCCUUUUACUGCUGCUGAUCCAGAUUAUCAAGAAAAGUAUCAGGAGUUACUUGACAGAGAGAAUUUCUUCCCAGAUUAUGAGGAAAAUGGAACAGACUUAUCAGGGGCUGGAGAUCCAUACUUGGAUGACAUUGAUGAUGAGAUGGACCCAGAAAUAGAAGAAGCCUAUGAAAAAUUUUGCUUAGAAUCAGAGCGUAAGAGAAAACAGUAAAGUUAGAUAGAAAGAAAUUAUCUUUAUAAGGCAGUUUAGGUAUGGUGAUUAGCAAAACAGAAGGAAGCAAGGAAACAUGUCACAUUUAUACCAAAUUAAGGAUGUUGAGUUUAAGUUACUAAUGUAUGCAACUUUAAUUUUGUUUAACAAUAUCUGCCAAAAAAAGUAAACUUAUUUCCUAUAACUUAAAUUGUGUAUAUAUAUAUAUCAUAGUUUAUUAUGUACAUAUUAUGAACUGUUUUGGCUGCAAUAAAAUUUAUUUGAAAUAAGUGACAUGUUGAAAGAAAAUUUUACUGAUUAGAAGCUUAUCUUACUAAAAUAAAAUACUAUUUUCCUUGAGAAAAAAUAAACCUUAGUUUUUACAUUACUACAUAAAUGUAGCACCCUUUUUAUUAGCUAUUAAUAAUACAAUUUUAGGUUAAGUAUCCCACUAACAAAUUGGGUCUCAAAUAUGAAUCAUAAUCAUGAAAAAAGCUUUAGCAUUCAGAGUUUGAAAUCAUUCUUAACUCAUGUUACAUAUGCAAACUAAAUACUACUUAGAUUACCAGGGUCUUUAAAAAUUAUUAGUUUGUGGAAGAAAAUUGACAGCUAAAGCAUUUUAUAGGAGAAAGCUCGAAUAACAAUAGGGCUUCUGUGAUAAAAUUAUUUCAAGAACAAAGUCAAGCAUACGUUUUCUGCUACUUUGGCAGCUUUUUCUUUUUUUCUUUUUUAGAUCUACAAGCUUAAUUUUUUCACAUCACUAACUUGGUUAUCCUCCAGAAAAGAACUGGAACAUUAUCUUUUGAUUUAAUUUAUAUAACUUCUUCAGUUUCUUUUUGUAGUAUUGGAAAUUUUGUACUUGAGAAUUUUAACAGGUUUAUUCACCUACUACUUAUAGUUCUGGGUAUUUUUUUCUGCUUUAUAAUUUUUAAAGAGAGUCAUUUUCCCCUAAUAAUCCUUUAAUUUUAGUUUGGUUGUGUACUGAUAAGUAAUUUAAUUGCCUCCCAAACUUGAACCUGUACUUAUUUACAACUUCUAAAAGUAGGUAAAAAACAAAAACUUAUGUAUAAAAAAUAUUGUAAAUAUGCAUGUAAAUAGUUCUGUUAAUAAUGCACUGUAACACAUUUGGAACAUUUAUUUGUGUCAGUUAAUACAGUUAGCUUUCUGACUAAAUUUUCUGCCUGUUUAUUUGUUGAACAUAUUAGUUUAAAAUGAUUUUUUUAAAAAUAAAGCAGAGUUGGAUUUCUUUAAAUUAA